CGCCGCCGCCGCCGCCCCGGCUCGCCGCCUCCCGCCCGCCGGGCCCGCAAGCCCGACCCCCAGCCGUAGGCGAGGCCCAGGCCGCGGCCGACAUGAACCACCAGCAGCAGCAGCAGCAGCAGAAAGCGGGCGAGCAGCAGCUUAGCGAGCCCGAGGACAUGGAGAUGGAAGCCGGAGAUACAGAUGACCCACCAAGAAUUACUCAAAAUCCUGUUAUCAACGGGAAUGUAGCCAUGAGUGAUGGGCACAACAACACAGAAGAAGAUAUGGAGGAUGACACGAGUUGGCGCUCCGAGGCAACCUUUCAGUUCACUGUCGAGCGCUUCAGCAGACUGAGUGAGUCGGUCCUUAGCCCUCCGUGUUUUGUGCGAAAUCUACCAUGGAAGAUUAUGGUGAUGCCACGCUUUUAUCCAGACAGACCACACCAAAAAAGCGUAGGAUUCUUUCUCCAGUGCAAUGCUGAAUCUGAUUCCACGUCAUGGUCUUGUCAUGCACAAGCAGUGCUGAAGAUUACAAAUUACAGAGAUGAGGAGAAGUCAUUCAGUCGUCGUAUUAGUCAUUUAUUCUUCCAUAAAGAAAAUGAUUGGGGAUUUUCCAAUUUUAUGGCCUGGAGUGAAGUGACUGAUCCUGAGAAAGGAUUUAUAGAUGAGGACAAAGUGACUUUUGAAGUCUUUGUGCAGGCGGAUGCUCCCCAUGGAGUUGCGUGGGAUUCAAAGAAGCACACGGGCUAUGUUGGUCUGAAGAAUCAGGGAGCGACUUGUUACAUGAACAGCCUGCUGCAGACUUUAUUUUUCACAAAUCAACUACGAAAGGCUGUUUACAUGAUGCCAACAGAGGGUGAUGACUCAUCCAAAAGCGUCCCUUUAGCUUUGCAGAGAGUGUUCUAUGAACUACAGCACAGUGAUAAGCCCGUAGGGACAAAAAAGCUAACAAAAUCAUUCGGGUGGGAAACUUUAGAUAGCUUCAUGCAACAUGAUGUUCAAGAGCUAUGCCGAGUGCUGCUUGAUAAUGUGGAAAAUAAGAUGAAAGGCACAUGUGUAGAAGGCACCAUACCUAAAUUAUUCAGAGGCAAAAUGGUGUCCUAUAUCCAGUGUAAAGAGGUGGACUAUCGAUCUGAUAGAAGAGAAGAUUAUUAUGAUAUCCAGCUGAGCAUAAAAGGAAAGAAAAACAUAUUUGAAUCAUUCGUGGAUUAUGUGGCAGUAGAACAACUAGACGGUGACAACAAAUAUGACGCCGGGGAGCAUGGCUUGCAGGAAGCAGAGAAAGGUGUGAAAUUCCUAACAUUGCCACCAGUGUUACAUCUACAGCUGAUGAGAUUUAUGUAUGACCCUCAAACGGACCAAAAUAUCAAGAUCAAUGAUAGGUUUGAGUUUCCCGAACAGUUACCUCUUGAUGAGUUUUUGCAAAAAACAGAUCCUAAGGACCCUGCAAAUUAUAUUCUUCAUGCCGUCCUUGUUCAUAGUGGGGAUAAUCAUGGUGGACAUUAUGUGGUUUAUCUAAACCCCAAAGGGGAUGGCAAAUGGUGUAAAUUUGACGACGAUGUGGUGUCCAGGUGUACAAAAGAAGAAGCAAUCGAGCACAACUAUGGGGGCCACGAUGAUGACCUCUCUGUCCGGCACUGCACGAACGCGUACAUGUUGGUUUAUAUCAGGGAGUCCAAGCUGAGUGAGGUGUUGCAAGCUGUCACCGACCAUGAUAUUCCUCAGCAGCUGGUGGAACGAUUACAAGAAGAGAAAAGGAUCGAGGCCCAGAAGCGGAAGGAGCGGCAGGAAGCCCACCUGUACAUGCAAGUGCAGAUAGUCGCAGAGGACCAGUUUUGUGGCCACCAAGGCAAUGAUAUGUACGAUGAAGAAAAAGUGAAGUACACUGUGUUCAAAGUAUUGAAAAACUCUUCGCUUGCUGAAUUUGUCCAGAACCUCUCUCAGACCAUGGGAUUUCCACAAGAUCAGAUUCGAUUAUGGCCAAUGCAAGCCAGGAGCAAUGGAACCAAAAGACCUGCAAUGUUAGAUAAUGAGGCAGAUGGCAAUAAAACUAUGAUUGAACUCAGCGAUAAUGAAAACCCUUGGACCAUAUUCCUGGAAACAGUUGAUCCGGAACUGGCUGCUACUGGAGCAACAUUACCCAAGUUUGAUAAAGAUCAUGAUGUGAUGUUAUUUCUGAAGAUGUAUGAUCCCAAGACACGGAGCUUGAAUUACUGUGGGCACAUCUACACACCCAUAUCCUGUAAAAUCCGUGACUUGCUCCCGGUUAUGUGUGACAGAGCAGGAUUUGCCCAAGAUACUAGCCUUAUCCUCUAUGAGGAAGUUAAACCGAAUUUAACGGAGAGAAUUCAGGACUAUGAUGUGUCUCUUGAUAAAGCCCUCGAUGAACUAAUGGAUGGUGAUAUUAUAGUAUUUCAGAAGGAUGACCCUGAAAAUGAUAACAGUGAAUUACCCACUGCAAAGGAGUAUUUCAGAGACCUCUACCACCGUGUUGAUGUCAUUUUCUGUGAUAAGACAAUCCCUAAUGAUCCUGGAUUUGUGGUCACGUUAUCAAAUAGAAUGAAUUACUUUCAGGUCGCAAAGACAGUUGCACAGAGGCUCAACACGGACCCGAUGUUGCUCCAGUUUUUCAAGUCUCAAGGUUAUAGGGAUGGCCCAGGUAAUCCUCUUAGACAUAAUUAUGAAGGUACAUUAAGAGAUCUUCUACAAUUCUUCAAGCCUAGACAACCUAAGAAACUUUACUAUCAGCAGCUUAAGAUGAAAAUCACAGACUUUGAAAACAGGCGAAGUUUUAAGUGUAUAUGGUUAAACAGCCAAUUUAGGGAAGAGGAAAUAACACUAUAUCCAGACAAGCACGGGUGUGUCCGGGACCUGUUAGAAGAAUGUAAAAAGGCCGUAGAGCUUGGGGAGAAGACAUCAGGGAAACUUAGGCUGCUAGAAAUUGUAAGCUACAAAAUUAUUGGUGUGCACCAAGAAGAUGAACUACUAGAAUGUUUAUCGCCUGCGACGAGUAGAACAUUUCGAAUAGAGGAAAUACCUUUGGACCAGGUAGACAUUGAUAAGGAAAAUGAGAUGCUGAUCACAGUGGCACAUUUCCACAAAGAAGUGUUUGGGACGUUUGGCAUCCCGUUUUUGCUGAGGAUACACCAGGGCGAGCAUUUCAGAGAAGUCAUGAAGCGCAUUCAGAGUCUGCUAGACAUCCAGGAGAAGGAGUUUGAAAAGUUUAAAUUUGCCAUUGUGAUGAUGGGCCGGCACCAGUACAUAAAUGAAGAUGAGUACGAAGUGAACUUGAAAGACUUUGAACCUCAGCCUGGUAACAUGUCUCACCCUCGGCCGUGGCUAGGGCUCGACCACUUCAACAAAGCCCCAAAGAGAAGUCGCUACACCUACCUUGAAAAGGCCAUUAAAAUCCAUAACUGACUUCCUCACCCCGUGUGUGCAAGGCAAGGACUGCGUGCGGGUGUGUGCCCCCUUUUUAACAGCAAGAACUCUGGUACAUGUGCGCUCUGGCCGAAGUCUUCAGCAAGAGGAUUUGCUGCUGGUGUUAAUUUUAUUUUGUUGAGGCUGUUCAGUUUGGCUUCUCUGUAUCUAUUGACUGCCCUUUUUGAGCAAAAUGAAGGUGUUUUUAUAAAGCUUGGAUGCCAAUGAGAGUUAUUUUAUGGUAACCACAAUACAAAGUAACUGUCAGCAUAAUGCGGAGAAGAGGUUAUUGCAGGGGUCCCAACCCCCUGGGCCUGGAAUGGCAACAGUCCUUGGCCUGUCAGGAACCAGGCGGCAAGGGAAGCUCGCCUGUGCUCCACAUCCUGUUCUCCUCCCUGGUCCACCCUCCACCCCUUCCCCGUCCAUGGGAAAUCAGGUCCCUGUUGCUAAAAGGGUUGGGGACCACUGGGUUAGUGGGACACGUGGCACUGGCAGAAGGUCUCUAGUCUCUGUCUAGUUGGCAUAAGCUGCCUGGCUGCCUCCUGGGGGUCCCAGUCACCACCCUGCCCGCAGCCAGUCAGGCUUAUGUUUAGGCUCCUCCGACGUUCUUUCCUUCACUUACACUUUCAGUGCCCUUUUGUGCGUCUGUAAAGGCAAAACAGAGAAACUCACAAGCUAAUAAAUAGCGCUCUUUCCUUCACUGCGUGUCCUGUCGCCCCUUGCUCAGUUCUCUCCCUAGCAUCCUGGGCCGUUACAAUAAACCCGUGUCAUUUCCAUCUGCCACUACUGUGCUGCAACCCAUUUGCAACGUGGAUGCACUGAAUACAGUCUGACAGGCACUCGGGGGGGUUUUACUAAAUGGAAAGCACUGUUAGAUAUGAUUAAGGUGUACUGUGCUGCCUGUCAGCAAACUUCAUGAUCUCGAGAGUUCACACAAGCAGGUGAAACAAUUAUAAAUAGAGCUUUUCUUAAAAUGGAACAGAUGGAACAAAAAAAGAGCCUUUUAGCAAAGAGGGCAUGCUCACUAGUGGUUAGUAAGCUGUUGACUUUGUAAAAAAGUUAAAAAUAAAAAAAAAGGAAAAAUGAAAUUGUAUAUUUAAUGAAUGGACAUGUACAAUUUUCCACUUGGAGGAGGUGACUUUUUGUUGAGUGAAUCUACAAGUGACUCUCACUGAUGUUGAUAUUCAUCGUGUGUAGUUUUAUUUCAGUCCCGACCUUUUCUUUUGGAGCUAAUGCCAGCUGCGUGUCUAGUUUUGAGUGCAGUAAAAUAGAAUCGGCAAAUCACACUGAGUUUUCGUCCUUCCCCAGUAUUUUUGUUUGUUUCUGUAGCAGCAGUGGACACCAACUCUUCCUGUAUAUUGCCUUUUUGCUGGAAAAUGUUGUAUGUUGAAUAAAAUUUUCUAUAAAAAUUAUAA